ACCGACGAUGCACUGAUGCACCGUGUGACGGCCUCGUGUCGUGAGUAGGAAAUUCGGGGUAUGCGCCGAAAUUCACCAAGAUCGUGAAGAUCGGUUCUUCGUGGCCUGCGUGUGUGCGCUAUGUGACGCGUUGCGUAACACGCGUGUGUGUGCUUCCUCACUUUGCCCUACUUACCGGAGGGUCGGGCCGUGCAGGGCCUCGUUCUUGGUCCUAAAGGGGGCCCCGAACCGCAAACAACAAUUCGCCCGGUAACUCCCCCGGUUCCUUGCGGUGCACAAAAAUAGGCACUUUCUUUGGGACCUUGAGUGUGAGUGUGUGAUCGGAAUUCAGUCCUCAGGAAUCACUGCCAGACUGCACUGAUUUUGGAUCGUAUCGUAAAACCGUUUAAACCUCAACCGAUCCCGAUCCGCGCACCGCACCCAAAAUGGUCGCGAAAGGAGUCCGCAACCAGUACCUGGCGACGUACUGUGCAAAUCUCGCCACACUCAUUUACGGCCUGUCCAUAGGAUGGCUCUCGCCCAACAUUGUCCUGAUGUCUUCCGAGGACACGCCGCUGGUGACGGGCAAGAUCACCAGCGAGGAGCAGGGUACGAUCGGGUCGAUCGGUACCAUCGGGUGCAUGCUGGCGCCCCUGGUUUGCGGUUGGGUGGCCGAAAUAGCGGGCCGCAAGGCCGCCCUCAUGCUGAUCGGCGUCACGCAGCUGAUCAGCUGGGUCGUGAUGCCGUUCGCCACCAACCUGACCAUCAUCUACACGUCCCGGAUCUUUGGUGGGUUCGCCGGUGGUGGAACGCUGUCGAUUGUGCCCCUGUUCGUGUCGGAGAUAUCGGAAGAUAGAAUACGAGGAACGCUGGGAACGAUGCUCGCGAUCUCGUGCAAUGCCGGAAUCUUGCUCGGAUUCAUCAUAUCUCACUACAUCAACUGUUGGGCCGUGACGUACCUGGCGCUGCUCCUGUGCGUGGUCUAUUCGUUGGGCUGCUGCUUCUUGCCAGAAUCUCCACAGUAUCUGUUCGUCAAGAAGAAGAAGGAGAAAGCGAUUAGAGCGUUGCGGUUCUACCGUGGGGAGGAAGCAGAUAGUGAAACAUCACAGUUCACCGCCGAGGUGGCCCGCUUCAAAGACAUCCACAACGAUGGCAGCCCGAAGAAGAAGGACUCCAACCAGAUCCACAUCAAAGACUUCCGUGAGUGCUUUUUGACCCGAUCCCGGUGGAAGCCUAUCCUGAUCUGCGUGGUGGUGAUUCUGUUCCCGGCCGGAUCCGGCUCGAUCCCGCUCAUCACCUACACGGCCAACAUCUUCGAAGGGUCACACUCGAACCUCAGCCCGGCGAUGUCGUCCAUCGUCGUGGCCACCCUGCAGCUGAUCGGGUCGUACGUCGCGACGCUGAUGGUCGAGAAGGCGGGCCGGCGCGUGCUACUGGUCAUCUCGACACUCGGCUGCGCCGUGUGCUCGGUCACCAUGGGCACCUACACGUUCCUGCAGGAGAUGGACGUCGACGUGGCGUGCUUCCGGUGGAUCCCGGUGGCCAGCAUGUCCGCGCUCGUCUUCAUCAACGCCAUCGGUAUCGGUAUUGUGCCAUUCAUCAUCAUGACCGAAAUCCUCGAUCCGAAGAUCCGCGGCUCGAUCGUGACCUUCUGUCUGCUGGAGUUCUCCAGCGUGACGUGCCUAGUCGUCAAGUACUUUCCGACCGCGGUCGAGCACCUCGGAAUGUACUCGUGCAUGUGGUUCUUCACCUGCUGCUGCGUCGCGUCCGCCACCUUCGUGCUCACCUGCAUGCCGGAGACGAAGGGCAAGAACUUCGAACAGAUCUCCGAAUCUCUCAACAACGGCAAAAAGACUGCCCACAAAGAUGUCGCACCGACGCCCCAGCAGCAAGCCCGAGCGACGAUGUUCUUAGAAUUUCUCUCACGACGUUACUGGACACAGUUCGGAUCCAUCGCGGCCGUUCACAUCAUCACCGCCAGCUACGGUGUGACGGUAGGAUGGCCUGCACCGAUCAUACCGCUCCUGCGAUCGCCCGAAACGCCGCUCCCGUCUGGACCGAUCACGGUCGAGGAAGCGUCGUGGGUCGGGGCAACCCUCUGUAUCGGUGGCACCACCGGGACGAUCCUGUUCGCGCUGAUCCACACGUACUUUGGCAAGAAGGUCGGGCUCCUGCUGAUGGCCGUUCCACACCUGGUCCUGUGGACGCUGGUGCUCAUUGGCGACAACAUUUGGUACAUCUACUGGGCUCGGUUCUGUAGCGGACUCACCGGCGGCGGAGUGGUCAGCGUGGUGCCCCUAUACAUUGCCGAUAUUGCGGACAAAAGAAUCCGCGGAACGCUCGGUUCGCUGACGAUCAUCUUCAUCAACCUCGGCCUACUGUUUAUCUACUCCACCGGGAACUACCUUGCGUACGAAACGAUACCGAAGAUCAUGCUCGGUGGCCCGGUGGCGUUUCUGAUUCUGGUCAGUUUCCUUCCCGAAACUCCCCAGUGUCUGCUGCGGAAGGGCCUGCUUUCGCAAGCCGAGCAGUCGCUGAUGUUCUACCGUAACGUGCCGGACGAGAACCACAAAACGGCCGACUUCUACGUGGAGUUUGAGGAAAUGAAAACCUUCGCCCUCUCGGCAAGUACCCAGGCGCGGCUCCGUUGGGCCGACUUUACCACUCCGGAGGCGAAGAAAGGCCUCUUCAUAGGGGUGUUUGUGAUGGCGCUCAACCAGUUCAGCGGCAUCUUCGCCAUUCUCACGUACGCCGGUACGAUCUUCCAGAUGGCGGGCACCGGAAUCGAUCCGAACCUGGCGCUCACGAUCGUGGCGACCAUCAACAUUAGCGGCAACCUGAUGUCGUUCGCCAUCAUUGAUCGCGUUGGGCGGAAAGUGUUGCUGCUAAUGUCGGCGAUAGGCGUCGGCCUAUCGCUCGGAGUGCUCGGGGCGUACUCGUACCUGCAGGCUGGCGAGCACGAUCUGCGCGGCUUCGAGUGGUUGCCGGUGCUGGCGCUCUCGAUGACCCUGUUCCUGGCCGCCAUCGGUAUUACGAACGUUCCGUUUUUCAUCUUGCCCGAAGUGAUGCCACCGAAGCUGCGCAGUGUCGGGAGCACCAUCAGUGGCACUUUGCUGUGCAUGUUCGCCUUCGUCGUCGUCAAAAUGUACCCGAUCCUGAUGGAGAGCAUACAGAUUCACGGAACCGUGUGGAUAUCGUCCGGAGUGUGCGCUGUUUCGGUGUUCGUGAUCAUUUUUCUAAUUCCGGAAACGAAAGGGAAAAACCUUAAUGUACAAACGGAAAGUGCGAAGCGAUAACUCGGAAACAACCAAACUGGAGCUAUCGAACGCGCACUUCACCAAGGCUGAAACAGACUUAUGUCUCCGCCGAUCGAUGUUGUCGAUGGAAAUAAACGAAGUACUGUAGAACCACUGAAGCCUGAAGCGAU